AUGGUGUUUGUGCUCAAUAUCUUUUCUGGUGCCGAUGAGCCCGAGAAUCCAGUAAAGAGUCUGGAUGGGCCACUGGACACAGCCCUAGAGCACCUGAGGAUUGGUAAUGUCUUCACCUUCAGGGUGACUGUUCUGCAAGCCUCCAGCAUUUCUGCAGAAUAUGCUGACAUCUUCUGCCAGUUCAAUUUCAUCCACCGUCAUGAUGAGGCCUUCUCCACUGAACCCUUAAAGAACACAGGCUGCGGCCCCCCUCUUGGCUUCUACCAUGUGCAGAAUAUUGCUGUUGAAGUGACUAAAUCCUUUGUGGACUACAUCAAGACUCAGCCCAUUGUGUUUGAAGUGUUUGGACACUACCAGAAACAGCCUUUUCUCCCCCUCUGCAAAGACAUCAUCAGUCCACUACGUCCCUGCAGAAGACAGUUUCCAAGAGUGAUGCCUCUGUCCAAACCAGUACCGGCGACCAAGCUGACAGCCAUGACCCGCCCUCAGGCCGGACCCUGUCACUGCAAAUAUGAUCUCAUGGUGUUCUUUGAAAUCUGCGAGCUGGAGGCCACUGGAGAGUACAUCCCUGCUGUGGUGGACCACAGAGGAGGAAUGCCUUGCCAUGGCACAUACCUACUGCAUCAGGGCCUCCAGAGGAGAAUCACUGUUACUAUUGUACACGAGUCAGGAGGUGAAUUGGAAUGGAAAGACAUCCGUGAGCUUGUUGUGGGUCGUCUCCGCAACAUGCCUGAAGCUGAUGAGACCAUCAUCGACCCCAACAUCCUGUCCCUCAACAUCCUGUCUGCUGGCUAUGUCAGGCCCAUGCGAGAUGACCGACAGUUUCUUGAUUCGGACAUGCCUAGCAUUUCCUCGGGAGUUGACCAUAGGACUUUCUUCCGCUUCGAGGCUGCUUGGGACAGCUCCAUGCACAACUCCCUGCUUCUAAACAGAGUCACUCCAUAUGGAGAGAAGAUCUACAUGACCCUCUCGGCCUACCUGGAGAUGGAGAACUGCACCCAGCCCGCAAUCAUAACCAAAGAUAUCUGCAUGGUGUUUUACUCACGAGACACAAAGCUCUCAGCCUCGCGCUCCAUCCGGAACCUUUUUGGCACUGGAAGCCUGAGAGCGGCAGACGGAAACCGUGUUACUGGAGUUUAUGAGGUCAGCAUGUGUAACCUGGCAGAUGCAGGAAGCCCAGGUAUGCAGAGGAGACGUAGGCGGGUGCUGGACACCUCCGUGGCCUACGUCCGCGGGGAGGAGAACCUGGCCGGGUGGAGGCCCCGAAGUGACAGCCUCAUUCUGGACCACCAGUGGGAGCUGGAGAAACUCAGCCUUCUGCAAGAUGUGGAGAAGACCAAGCAUUACCUCUUGCUGAGGGAGAAACUGGAGUCUACAAUGCUCAUGGGCCAGGAUUCCCUGCAGUCCUGCGUCACCAAGGACCUGAGUGAGACUCCUCAGCCCCCCGAGGUGGAGCAGGAGGUCAGCUGCAGCUCUGAGAUCACCGAGAGGCAAAGGGAGCUCGCUGCCAAGUGUUUGCGGCUGCUCACUCACUCCUUUAACCGAGAAUACACUCACGUGUGUGUCAGCGCCAGUGAAAGCAAGCUCUCAGAGAUGUCCAUCACAAUGCUCAGAGACUCAGCUUCAAUCUCUGCUCUCAACACAAUAACACCUUCCUCGACAUGCCCUUCGCUGGUUGAUGGUUGCUAUGCCAACACUGAACUCAGACCCCCGAUGCCUCGCUCCCGUGCGGUCAGCUCCAGUCCUGACACACAGCAGGACGCAGAGAAGAAGUCCAUCACCAGGGCCUCUGAAAGCAGAGCCCGGAGUCGCAGGUUCUUCCCCGACAUCCAGGAGAUCAGAGUCAGCCCCAUCGUGUCAAAGAAGGGAUACAUACAUUUCUUGGAGCCGAACACUAACGGGUGGGUGAAGCGCUACGUGGUGGUGCGGCGGCCGUACGUCUACAUCUACAACACAGAGAGAGACUCUGUGGAGCGCGCUAUCCUCAACCUGUCCUCGGCUCAGGUGGAGUACAGCGAGGACCAGCAGGCCAUGCUGAAG